GAUCUCUUACUUCACCCUUUGAUAAAUAUACCCCUAGAUUUCAAAAUGGGAACAUGGAAAACAUUAUAGUGUUACACAACAAGCCACCGUCGUGGAACGAGGAGACCCAGUCAUUUGUGCUAAACUUUCUUGGUCGUGUUACUCAGGCAUCAGUGAAGAAGUUCCAGAUUAUAUCUGCUGAAGAUCGUGAGUUGCAGAUGGGAAAAGGGCAUACAUAAUGCAUCCAUGUGUGUAUUUGUAUCCGCCUCUCCAUCUUCGACAGCGAACUUGCAUGCGAAUAGAGUGAAUAUAUCAGAGCCGGAGGUGAUUGAUGUGUAUAAUUUUUAUUUAAAUUGUGUAUAAUUGCCAUUCUGUUCUUAUUCUCUGACUGUGUCAAGCCUUUAUUUCAUUCAUUCCUUUUUUUUUUGGUCAGGGGAAAAAAAAUAAUUUGCAUCCCUCCAAUUUAUAGAUAUUUUUAAAUAUGUUUUAAAAAGGUUAAAAAAAAGACAUGAAUUUGGACCCUUAAUUAAUAGUAUAUUUGGCCUUAUUAUAUCAUCUCACUACAUAUAAAAUGAAAGCUAAGAAUUCAUGAAUCUCAGAGUGCAGAAUACAGUUAAUUAUUACUUUUAACAUUUUCCAGCAAUAUUUUACUUUUUACAUCUAACCACACCUUCUGGCUAUUAGAUAAAAUGCAUUUUACAAGCCCAGGGGCAAAGGGAUACUUUUAGUCUGUCUCUACAGCGCUUUGGUAUGGCCACAAAAUGGGGCAUCUGUUCAGCAGGAAAAAUCAGCAACGACUUUUUGGUGGCCUUAGAGACAUUGCCUGCUCAGGAUCACCAGGUUGUGGCUGUGGCAGCAAGAGAUCUGAAGCAAGCCCGGGACUUUGCCCAAAUCCGUAAAAUACCCAAAGCUUAUGGAUCAUAUGAGGCGCUUGCUAACGAUCCUGAUAUUGAUGUAAUAUAUGUUGGGGUCCUGCACACAGUCCAUAGGGAUGUGGUUCUGAUGUUUCUGGAGCACAAGAAAAAUGUCUUGUGUGAAAAGCCUCUGGCCAUGAACUCAGAUGAAGUUAGGGAACUUACUUCAGCUGCAAGAAAAGUACUAGUAAUAUUACUAUAUCAAGAUAUUCCCUCCUGCAUGUGGUGCCCAACAUCAAUAAUCGUCAAUGGAAAGGAAACCAAAUUCCCCCUUCCUCACUCUACAAAGCCAAUGCACUUCACUAACAGUACUGGGCUCAGCUAUGAAGCGGAACAUGUACGGCAGUGUCUCUUGAAAGGCCUGAAGGAAAGUCCAAUAAUGAGCCUGAAGGAUAGCGAGCUGCUGUCCAACAUCAUGGAUGAAGUUCGCGGGCAACUUGGUGUCAAAUUCCAUCAGGACAAAAAAUUAAAUAUUUAAAAAUAUUUCUGCAAUGGAGAUCAAAAUGCAGGGUCACAAAUUACUGUCUUCUAUGCCACCUACAGUAAAUAAACUGUAGCUACAAAUCCACUGCAGCUUCACUUUCUGAAAUAAUCUUCGCUUCUUCUUCAUGCCGUUCUCUCUUACUACUUUCUGUAAGGUCAGUGUAAUAAAAGGGCAAAGUUAGUGCCAGGUCUGGUAAGAUUGUAGCAUUCACGGGCACCUGUUUGAUUGCAAACAUCUGAGUUAAUAAACCUGGAACAAAUGCAGUGCCCAUUACAACCAUAUUCCACAUCUAUAUUUUUAAACUUCAUUGGAAGUUAUGUAGUAAGAGGUAGGAACAUUGCAACCCAUGCAACCUUAAUUCAAUACACUUUCCCAAAAAGAAACCUAUUACUCUAGUCCAUGUUCCCAGCUCUACUAAUCUGUGCUGCAUUACCCAGUGGGUUCAUCUCUUUGCUAGAGACUUCACAGUUUCUUACCUUUAAAAACAUCAGUCCUACUUCCAACCCUUGUUACCUGUCCUGAAUGUGACACUGCUGGAUACCUGCAAAAAUACUUUUUUUUCCAGAAUUCUGCUUGCCUUUACCCUCGCUUGGACUAGAAUAUGCUUAACCCUUUGUUACCUUUGCUGGACAUUGCCUUGAUGCCUGGUUUCCAGUCCCAACAGUCCUUGUCUGUUUUUCCUGUUUCAGGUGUUAUGCCUGCUUGCCAGUUCUCCAGUACCUACAACAAAUGUUUAGGCUGAGGAUCAAUUCCUUCUGUAGGCCACUAACCCUUACAAAAAAUUUGAAUACAGAUCUGAUUUAAUUUUUCACUUCCAAUUACCUUUUUUAAUUCCAUUCAUUUUUCUCUUUUCCUGAAUCCUCCCAAUAGGUUGUCCACUAUUUUUGAUUUUACAUUUUUUUUACAUACAUUCACCUAUAGUUGGA